CUUAAGUAUUUUCAUCUAAAGUUGCCGUUCCGAUUCAGACUACACGAGCAUUAUACUGCAUCAAUAUUGCAACACGACUUUUCUGCCGACUUCAUUACCGCGUCAAAAGUCAAAAUCGAAGUUUCUGCCCGGAUGUUUGACACUGUGUGGAUGUGGAUGCUUAAGCCGGACGCGAACCGUUCUAGCACGAAGCACGUGCCAUCCUUAUCUAACCUUGAAAGUGUCCUUUGGAAGCAUUUAAUCGUUGUGCGAUUAUGCGAUUGCUGAUUGCAGCAAUAAUAAUAAUUGUAUUAUCUGAUAUUGUAUUUUGUUAUCAUUUGACAGAUAAAUAUAUUGCACUUAUUACAGAUAACUGUUGUAGCAAGAAGUCUUGAGUAACUUCAGCCUGCGACUUUAUCUGAGCAUUUUUUUUUCGGCUUGCUACUAACUUCCAAAGCCUGUUGGAGAUUUUUACGUUCGCAACCAAUUAUCUUCUUUUCUCACCAAACGAUGACAUACUCGUUAUCAUAACAUAAUAAUCUUAACAAUUAUCCCGUCUGUUGAUUUAUCCUCUUUUCACGCAUAAGCGGAGCAAUAAAUAGAGGAUCAGGGGAGCAUAUAUUAUUAUGAUCAAAUAAAUUGAUGAGUACCAACAUAUUUAUGAGACAGAUGAGAAGCCAACUGAUUUGUUUUUAUGUUAGCAGUAUCCAAAAUAACAUAUUGAUCGAAAUAACAAAAAACUGGAAUCUACGAGUUUUUUUGUGAUCGUAUAAUUACCUAAAAACUUGUAUCAUAUAAAUUUACAACCUCACUUGUAUGCUUUGUCUUAUUCCAGGCUGCUGACAAUACCUUUAAAAUAUUUGUUUGCCAAAAAUAUCAGAUUAGCCGUUUCUGCGUGAAAGAGUAACAAACAUAGGUACUUAGAUUGUUUUAUUUAGUUCAUAUAUCCUCCUAUCACAUUUAUUGUAUUAGUAGGGUAAUUACGUUCAGAUUAGCUGUUAAUUUUGUCAUUGAUAACAAAAAUGAAAUAAGAAUUUACAAGGUUUAUUUACGUUCAGUAUUUAAUAUGUUAAGCAUUGUACUAGUUGUUCUCUUUGCUUCUCUCGCGUACCUUUACGGAACGAGAAGUUUUAAGUACUGGGUGGAGCGAGGUGUGAAACAUGACAAGCCCUUGCCGGUGUUUGGCAACGCGCUGGAUAAGUUCCUUCAGAAGAUCAGCCUGUGCGACCUGUAUUCCGAGGCCUACAGAAAAUUCCCCAAUGAAAAAUUUGUAGGGCUAUACUUAGCUAAUGAUCCAAAGUUGAUCCUGCGAGACCCUGAACUUAUCAAGCACGUGUUAAUAACCGAUUUCCAGCAUUUUCAUGCUCGUGGAAUCCUGCCACUGGAGAAUGAUCUCGAGCCAAUGUUUAGGAAUAUUUUCUUUGCCGAUGGGGAUUUGUGGAAACUUUUGAGGCAACGGCUGACUCCCGCAUUUACAUCUGGCAAGUUGAAAGCCAUGUUUACCUUGAUCGUUGAAAGAGCUGAAAAACUGCAGACUAUAGUUAUUGACACGGCUGAGGACGGUGUCGAAGUAGAUAUGCGAGACCUGAUGGCGAGGUAUACGACUGACCUUAUAGGAGCAUGCGGUUUUGGCAUAGAUGCUGAUAGCUUGAUUGAUGAAAAUUCGACGUUCCGACAACUUGGAAAGCGGUCUUUCAAAAGAACAAAGCGGGAUGGUUUCGUGGCUAUGCUUAAAUUUAUAGCACCCAAGCUUUUUAGAAAACUUCACUUUUUAGCACCUGAAAUAGAAGAGUAUACAAUGUCGAUAGUGACGGAUAUACUCGAAAAGCGGAAUUAUAUGCCUAUUGGACGCAAUGACUACGUAGAUUUAUUACUAGAAUUAAAACAGAAAGGGACUAUGGUUGGAGAGUCUUUGGAAAAACGAAAUCCUGAUGGAACUCCAGAGAACGUACAGUUAGAGUUAGAUUUAAUAUUGAUGGCUUCUCAGAUACUAGUUUUCUUCAUAGCGGGGUUUGACACAUCAUCCUCAGCCAGUAGCUACCUGCUGCAUCAGCUCGCCUUCCACUCUGACGCUCAGAAGAAAUGUCAGAAGGAGAUAGAUGAAGUACUGACUCGACACGGGAGGUUAUGUUAUGAAGCUGUUGAAGAGCUAAAGUAUUUAAAAAUGUGUUUUAGAGAAGCUAUGCGCAUGUUUCCAUCCAUCGGUUAUCUGAUGAGACGGUGCACCGGACGCUACACAUUCCCGGGAACCAGUGUGACCAUCGACGAGGGUAUCGGCGUCGUGGUACCCAUACAUGCUAUACAGAACGAUGAACAAUACUUUCAGGAUCCAAGUGAGUUUAAGCCGGAGCGGUUUAGCCCUGAGAACGUGAGCAGUAUGCCAAAUCAUGUGUACCUGCCUUUCGGAGAGGGACCCAGGGCGUGCAUAGGUGAGCGGCUAGGCAUGUUGCAGUCACUGGCAGGAGUGGCAGCGGUACUGCAGCGUUGCUCUGUAGAACCAGGACCCACUACUGUUGGGACUCCCGUCACAGAUCCCACUUCCACAAUUACUCAACUUAUCCGCGGAGGCCUACCGCUGGCAAUACGAGUUAGGAAUCCUCAGGAGAAAAGAAAAGAAAAUAAUUAGUUCAUGUUCUUUUGCUACUCACGUAAAACAGGAGCCCUUAUUCCGAUAGUAAUUUAUUGUAAUCAAUCAUUUAUGGAUAAAAAUAAAGUAUAAAAUAAUGAAAAUAGGUCUCAAAGUUUCUGUCAAAUUUUAAUUUGUUUUUAAGUUUUAGCUAU